AUGCAGACGGCCCUGGUCCAUAUCGCGCGAGCCUUCCCUCAGGGCCGCCCCGUUCAUGACCGAUUGCUGGAGCCUGCAGCCCCACCGUACGAUGCUGUCGAGGAAGAACGGAAAGCUAUGAACGCCGAGGGAGAAUUCUUUGUCACCGAGCGAGAGGCGCUAAAGGUCAAAAAGGAAGAGCUAGAGAGUGCGCUUGGGGUGGUCAAGUCGGACAUCGAAUUGCUACAGCGUAAGCACGAUGUGCUCAACAGUGACUACAAGACAGUCAAUUUCCAGCUUGACACUUCCAUCAGUCAAUGCAACAUGGUCAGGAUCAAGAAGAAGGAACUGGAGAGCGAGCUUGGGGUAGUCAAGUCUGACAUCAAAGCGCUCCAGGCCAGACACGAUGCCCUUGAUGCUGACCAUACGGCACUCAAGACUCAGCUUGAAGUAUCCAACGCCAAGAUUGAGGCUCUCAACUCAGCGGUGUCGGCGAAGGAUGGCCAGAUCCAAUACCUCAUCGAGCAGUAUGAUACACAGUAUGUUUCGGCAGCUGAGAAGUUUCUCGCCGAGAAGGGUUUCGUGCGAGGAGCAAUGCAGGGUGGCGUAAAGUCCGGGUUCUCUCCAGGCCGAGUUCUCCUUGAUGCACACAUUGAUAGUGCGUCCGCUUUCCGCUUCAUGGAUCUACCCGGAGAGCUUCGCAAUCGCAUCUACGAAUUCGCUCUUGUCCUCGACCAUCCUCUCGAUCUUUGGCCCAUGAAUGGACUAGCUCUCGGUCUAUCUAACAUGGAAUCGAAACCUGCUAUCCAGAGCCGCGAUGAGAUCCUGCAGAAAGACAUAGCCAAUAUCAACGUCGAUUUGCUUCGUGUCUCGAAGCAGGUGUACCAGGAAACUGUUGGCAUGUUAUACGGUCAUAACACCUUUCAGUUUUCCGGUCACAGGGCGUUCGUUCCAAUGACAGCAUUCCUUCGGCACAUCGGCUCCGGGUGCAAGUUUCUCACGGCCAUUUCAGUUCAAUGUAGCAGCUUGUACUCCGAGACUGGUCAUCUUGCAUGGAAGCUAAAAGAGAGUGCGAACGAGUUCAUGCAGGAAGGAGAGUCUGCUCUAGACGCAUUCUACAGGCGCCUUAGAGUGGCUGGUUACUACUCUAUCAUAGGAUCGCCCUGGGACGAAGAAGGACAGGCAAUUCUAGAAGGAGACCGAAUCCUUAGAAAGCUGCCAGCCCUCCGAUAUUUUACUAUGCUCGUUCCUCAUGCCAUAAGAAUACGAACUGACUCAUACCUGAUGAGUACUGGCUCUGAGCGUAAAGAUUUCAUGCUACGCUAUGAAGCCGGUGAGCAGAAGAAGCAGUUCGCAGCUGCCACAGCUGCAGGCAACCAAGUAGAGAGGACCGUGGUUUUCAUCAAGCGACACGCAACGCAGUCAAAGCGGUACAAAAUGUACGGCGAGAUCACCGACCUUGACGAUGAGAAAGAAAUGGGCUGGGAGGACUUCAAGAAAGUGAAAGAGCAUUGGGGCUGGAAGAUCAAGCAUGCUACUUACACCAUGCAACCAGAUGGGCCUGCCUUCACUAUCGACAAACCCAAGCCUUUGCUAGAGGAGCAUUCAGCGACCGAUGAGCAUCCGAAACCCGCAGAGCAGAGCGAGCCUGGAUCUACAGAUCAGGACGAAUCUGAACCCACAGACCCAGAAGAUGCUGAACCCGCAGACCAGGACGACUCCGACUCCGCAGAUGAAGGCGAUUGGGAAUCCGAGGAUGAAGAUGGCUCUGAAUCUGCAGAUGAAGACAACUCUGGACCGGCAACCCUUCCCACGACUUCAACACAGUCAGCAAAUGCUCCCGCACCACCAGGCGAUGUCUCCCAGCUUCAGCCAACUACGGUCACUACCCAGCAAGCUCCGCAAGUACCUCAACCGGCGUCGACAGCUGCACUGGCGUCUCUCUCAACGGCCCCACAACCACAAGCAGCCGCACCAGCCACUGCGUACUUUCCUUCUACCAUCAGCAGCCUACCUCUCCCACCAGGAUGGGGUUACGGGAAGGACAAGAAGAAGUACAUCGAUCUCGUCACCGAAGAGAGCACCGACUGGGACCCCAGAUCGGUCGGCCAACUCCCCAGCCCGUGGAUAGUGCGAUUCGACGGAAAGCAGAUCCUCUUCGAGAAUCCGUGGGCCUCCCUGACCUCUUACGAGCAUCCUUCCACCGGCAAGGUCAUCAAUCUUGAGGAUAAUGUACAAGAGGCCGCUGACUCCUUGCACCUGUCUCUGGCGAAUUUCCACUUUUGA